ACGCGCUGUGACUUCACACGGAGGCUGGAGGAGGACGCCGCCGCUCCGCGCAACUCUCUGACCGACUCCUCUCGUUCUCUUAGCGGGCGUCCGCCAACAGAAACCCGGAGCGAUGGAGCGAGCGGGCGCGUACGGCGCCAGGAAGGCCGGGAGCGCCGGGAGCAUCGCCUUCGAUCCUGUCGCUUUCUUCACGCAUCCCCGGACCAUCCUCAGACUGCUGUCUUGGGUUUUUUCCAUCGUGGUGUUCAGCUGCAUUGUGAACGAGGGCUACAUCAACAUUGGCAGCGAGCGUUUGCGUUGCGUCUUCAACAACAACGCUGAUGCCUGUAACUAUGGUGUUACUGUUGGUGUGGCCUGUUUCCUGGGCAGCAUUUGUUUUCUGAUCCUGGAUGUUUACUUCCCCAGCAUCAGCAGCAUCAGGGACAGAAGACGUGCUGUCCUGUUAGACCUCAUCUUCUCUGGUCUGGCCAGCUUCCUGUGGUUUGUUGGCUUCUGUUUUCUGGCCAAUCAGUGGCAGGCGACCUCGCCAGAUGAACUGCCAUUGGCCCAGGGCUCAGAUGCUGCCAGAGCCACCAUCGCUUUCUGCUUCUUCUCCAUCCUUAGCUGGGUUGUACUGACACUGAGUGCACUGCGACGCUUCUUAACUGGCAGCAACACAAAUUUAUUCACAUGGCAACACCUGGACCAUGUGCCCAGCAACGUUCGAGCUACACCGUACCCCAUUGCCAACGGCACUACCAUAGUGACCACAAACCCCUAUCAAGCCCCACCCUUCACUGAAACCCUGGACCCCCAGAAACUCACACAGCAGAGACCCAUGGCUCCAGCCUUCUAGAAACAGAAAGAAAGAAAGAAAGAGGAGGCGUGGACAACUUCCUGCCUUGCUUUGUAGUGGCUUUCCACCCUUUCCUGGGACUGGUUGGAUUUUGGGUCAUGUUAUGUAUGAUCUAUUUUCACCAUGGCAACUGCUGGCUCAAAUUUCAGUAGUUAGUUGUAACUGUUUGUGUCAAGAAUACUGUCUUAUGUUCAUGCACACACACAGAUAUUGACGCACGCAAACACAGCUCUGUUCACUCACACCUGGAAACAUGUAUAUUCAACUGAAAUACACAGACACACACACCUUGACUGCAUGUUCAUAUGGUGAGGUGCAACAUAAAUGCACACCAGUGUUGACGUUCCAUCUGCCUUACGGAGGGAUACAAGGUGUUUACUGAAGGAAAUAUGGAGUACAGUGAAGAUAUAUGGCUCCUUUAACUGCUUCUGUUUGCCCUCAGUCAGUCUGA